AUGGACGGCAGCGAUGUAGUUUUCCCGCGUAAACUGCUCAAACGAUUCAUCCAACUGUACAAAGAAUUACCUUGUCUAUGGGAUCGAACAUGCCCUUCCUAUAAAUUGAAGCAGAAAAGGCACGACGCUAUAUCUAAAUUGACGAAGUUAGUUCAAGAAUAUGACCCGACAGCGACCCGAGUUCAUGUUUUAAGGAAAAUAGAGAGCUUACGGGCGUGUGUAAGGAGAGAAUAUAAGAGGGUCAGAGAGAGCAGACAAAAGGCUACCAGCCCCGACGAGGUGUACACCCCGCAGCUUUGGUAUUUUGAUCUAUUCUCCUUUGUGUUUCACGACUCGAGCAUGCCCGCUGUGAAAACCGCUUGCUCACCGGUGGCGCAUGCUGCGGAUUCAGCUGAAGAAGAAGAGAUCGAUCAAGCGGCAAACGACGAUGCUUCAUUUGAACAACAAACUUAUCCAGCUGAAUAUAAGAUGAGUAUGGUUGAAAUAGAGGAUAAUCCUUCAAGUUCCAAACGGUAUUCCCCAAUGGAUGAAGAAUCCAAUAGAGUCAGCAAGAGACUGUGCACGGAGAUCGAGGACGAAUAUGAUGCUAUUGGUGUCAAUGUCGCUGCAAAACUUCGAACUCUCCCACCCAAUAUGAGGAUAAUAGCAGAGAAGCUCAUCAACGAUGUCUUAUUCCAGGCGCAAGUGAACGGCCUCAAUUCAUCCACAGUCAUCUCUACAUCGGACCCUUUUAAGUAA